GGUACAACAGAUUACUAAAACAAUAGGUCUUUCUGCUAGUUUCUCCUAGCAGUAAAGCAAAUGAAGUUUUUGCUUCCAUGGAUUGGAUUCCUUAAGCAUGGACUCGACGACUGCAUAUGUUUUCUCAAUGGAUCAAUCAUUUCCAAUUGGGCCUGCAAAUGGUCAUGUAUUGGAAUCUGUUAUAGUUAUGGGCAAGCUGAUGCCAAGAGCUCCCUCACUCAUAACUUCUUCCCCACCUUUGGGAAUCAUUGAUGUUAAGGGUGCCAAUUUUAGUUAUGUAAACCAUGAUAACUGGGCCUUGGAAUCAAUUAAAAGCAAUGUUAUGGAACCAGAAGAAGUGGGUCAUUUCCUUGGGAAGAAGUUUUUGGGCUUGGGAAGCAGUUUGGGGGAGGAUGUUAGCAUUAGAUGAGCUUAAAAGGAGUGGAUUAAUGUUUCCGAACCAAUAUUCUAUGCGUAAAGGUGAAGAAUGAUCUCUUAAUCAUUUUCUCCUUUAUUGUUCUAAAGUAAGAAUCUUGUGGCUACUAGUUUAUUCUUUGUUUGGAAGAGCUUGGUUGAUGCACGCUUUAGCAAGAGGGAAUUUCUUGAUUUGGCAUGGGUCCAUGUUGGGAAGAAGGCAAAAAAGGCUUAGAGGGCUGCUCUUUUGGGCUUGUUUUGGACUGCAUGGAAGGAGAGAAAUCAAGCACAUUUGGAAAUGUGUAACAGGGAUUGAUUCUGAGGAUAAAGGUGGUUUUGCAAAUCUCCAAGUUGCUACAGAGAAAGGGCUUCAGGUUUUCACUUUCAAGCAGCUACAUUCUGCGACUGGUGGUUUUGGCAAAUCUAAUGUGGUUGGUCAUGGUGGGUUUGGGUUGGUCUAUCGAGGAGUGCUUCAUGAUGGUAGGAAAGUCGCUGUUAAGCUGAUGGAUCGGGCAGGAAAACAGGGAGAGGAGGAGUUCAAAGUGGAGGUGGAGUUACUAAGUCGGCUUCGAUCUCCAUAUUUGCUGGCACUGCUUGGGUACUGUUCAGAUAGUAACCAUAAAUUGCUGGUUUAUGAGUUCAUGGCAAAUGGUGGACUGCAGGAGCAUUUGUAUCCCAUCUCGGGUUCUAAUUCUGUUUCUUCAAGGUUGGACUGGGAAACCCGGUUGAGGAUAGCCCUGGAUGCUGCCAAAGGUUUGGAGUAUCUCCAUGAACAUGUCAGUCCCCCAGUGAUCCACCGAGAUUUUAAGAGCAGCAACAUACUCUUAGACAAAAAUUUCCAUGCUAAAGUUUCUGACUUUGGAUUGGCUAAACUUGGAUCUGAUAAAGCUGGUGGACAUGUUUCCACCCGAGUGUUGGGCACCCAGGGAUAUGUUGCUCCUGAGUAUGCAUUAACUGGCCAUCUGACAACAAAAUCAGAUGUGUACAGCUAUGGGGUUGUCCUUUUGGAGUUGCUCACUGGCAGAGUUCCAGUGGAUAUGAAGAGAGCUUCUGGGGAAGGUGUUCUUGUAUCUUGGGCUUUGCCCCACCUCACAGAUAGAGAGAAGGUUGUACAGAUAAUGGAUCCAGCACUGGAGGGUCAAUACUCCAUGAAAGAGGUUAUUCAGGUGGCUGCUAUAGCUGCAAUGUGUGUGCAACCAGAGGCAGAUUACAGGCCAUUGAUGGCUGAUGUUGUACAGUCACUGGUCCCACUGGUGAAGAAUCACAGGCCAACUUCAAAGGUAGGCAGCUGCUCUAGUUUCCAUGCAACCAAGUCUCCCCUUUCACAGGAGCCUGGAAAAGCAAGUUUGUGAAAUAAUUGAAGCAAAUUAUAAAUAUCUCUAUGUUCUUCCUCAGCUAAUUUAAGGACCUAAAAUUUCUGCUAGCUUGUUUUCCAGGGCUUUUGUUGUCCUUACUCAUCUGUCUGGAGAAGAAAAUAGGUUGUAGUUUAGGUCUCUGUUUGGAGAAGAAUCUCUAUUUUGUCAGAAAUGUAUGUGCUGGGAAAUUGAAUUUUGUUGACCUGCA